GAUGGCAGAUCACUCAACCUUCCUUUUCUUGAAUUUUCUGUUCUGCUAUCAUCCUCCAUUCGUUUCUGCUUCAUUUUACGAUUCAACGGAAGAGGUAGAGUGGAUGAGAUGCCCCCGACAUGGCACAAGUGUAUAUUAAUGGCAAUGGAGUGAAAACAUCAGCUUCAAUGAAAGCCACCCGCCCCACUGCGUUUGACCAGCCUCUCCUCUGACUGCCUCAGGACUCUGCCAAACAAUGUUCUUUCCGAUUUGAAAGAGAAAUGCCUGAAAGAGCUUCCCAGAUCCUGAACAACACCCGACACGUGAGCAGGCUGGUCUGCACCUGUGAGUUCUGGAACGGCUCCGCCCCACCCAACAGCACCGUCUGUGCCGACAUGUGGAACAGCUGUGGCAGUGGCUCCGUGGCCGUGUCUGUCGGGGUCUCCCUGCUGCUGCUGCUGCUGCUGAUCUGCGGAAUUGGCUGUGUCUGGCACUGGAGGCCCCGGAACGCCCCACAAUUCGCCUUCCCAAGGUUUCUGAAGAGGAGAAGCAACAACAAGAGGGACUACGCUAAGUCAGCCUCCGUGGGUCCCCACGUCACCCCCUCAAGGCCGAAGGUCUUAGUUCAAACCCAUGACCACGAAGCUGCUGCCAGGGAGACAGACCCGCCCAACAGCUACGAGAACCUGGAGGCAGGUCCUCCCCGAGCCAAGGACGCCGACAGGGGGCUGUACGAGAACACGCGGCAGCCCGGCUUCGAGGACCACAUCUACGGGAACGAGCCCUCCUCUGAGUACUGCAACUUCCGGAAGCCGCGUCCUCCUGAAGAGGAAGAUAUAUACAUUCUUCCCGACUUGUACUAGCUUCACCUCCUGGUUCCUUACAGGAGGGUUUUCACUGGGACGCCCUGUGCUGACCUCAUUAUCAGUCGGGUCCUUCCGAGGAAACUCAGGGGUGUCUCUGCUGAAUCUUCGCUGUGUGUGUCACGUCACACGCCCUCCCCACCGCCCGGCCUGGGCUGAUUCUGUGGGGUGAUGUAUGGAGUCUCCCCCCUCAUGGUACCUGUUACUCUGUCUUCUAUUCCUCUCUCCGCGUCUUUGUCUGCUGAGGUUGAUUGUCCUGUCCCCGCAUGGUCUUUCCGGCCCUGGUUUCUACACACUCCACAGUUCCCCACGAUGUUGCCAGAUGUCUCUUCAGAAAACACUGUCAUCGGCCUCAUCACUGCUUUGCCCAAGGGCUUACUUUCAGCCGUGGCCGGUUUGGCUCAGCGGUUAACUGUUCUCUCACAUCAG